CUUGGAAAGAGAGCUAGCGUGAGAGGGAGAGAGAGUAGGAGAGCAAGUGCAACAAAAUAGCGGCCGGCUGUUAUUCCCUGUGUGUGUGUGUUUGCUGGUGUGCAUUUGUGUGGGAGUGCAGGUGUGUGCGCGGAAGAUCUGCAGAGGAAAAACCGUUAGUUCGUUUCGCUAAUUUGUGUUGUUGCACCGCCGCUACAGCAACAAAAAGAAAACAGAAGAGCACAUAAGCCGGCAAAUAGUUAACAAAACCAGACGUAAUAGAAUAUAAUAAUAAUAAUAACAAAAAUAUAAAUAAAAAUACGAAUACAAGUUGAAGAAGGAGCGGAUAAAAGGCUGCCACACAAGUGAUUCAACGUUUCUCGCCGCCACAAUGAACUCCGAGCAUGGAUUUAAUCCAGCCUUCAAUAUGGCCACCAUACGGCAAGCAUUCACAGAGGCGGUGGAGAGAGUCAGAAUGCCUACGCCCACACGCCUGCGCGACCUCAUCCGACAGAUUCGCGCCGCCAGAACCGCCGCCGAGGAGCGGGCGGUGGUCAACAAAGAGUGCGCCUACAUACGGAGCACGUUCCGCGAGGAGGACUCCGUCUGGCGCUGUCGCAACAUUGCCAAGCUGCUGUACAUACACAUGCUCGGCUAUCCGGCUCACUUUGGCCAACUGGAGUGCCUUAAGCUGACGGCCAGCACGCGGUUCACAGACAAGCGGAUCGGCUACCUGGGCGCCAUGCUGCUGCUGGAUGAGCGGCAGGAUGUCCACCUGCUCAUCACCAACUGCUUGAAGAACGACUUGAACAGCUCGACGCAGUUCGUCGUGGGCCUGGCCCUGUGCACUCUGGGUGCGAUCGCCUCGCCGGAAAUGGCCCGGGAUCUGGCCAGCGAGGUGGAGCGUCUGAUGAAGUCCCCGAACACGUACAUUCGCAAGAAGGCGACACUGUGCGCCUUUCGCGUCAUCCGUCGUGUGCCCGAGCUGAUGGAGAUCUUCUUGCCGGCCACGCGUUCCCUGCUCAGCGAGAAGAAUCAUGGAAUUUUGAUCACUGGCGUUACGCUGAUCACGGAGAUGUGCGAGAACAGUUCGGACACGCUGAUGCAUUUCAAGAAGGAUAGCGGAAAUCGAGAGAUUGUGCCGAACUUGGUGCGCAUCCUGAAGAACCUGAUCCUGGGCGGCUAUUCGCCGGAGCACGAUGUCAGCGGCGUUAGCGAUCCGUUCCUGCAGGUGAAGAUCCUGCGACUGCUGCGCAUCCUGGGCCACAACGAUCCGGACGCCUCGGAGGCGAUGAACGACAUACUGGCCCAGGUGGCCACCAACACGGAGACGAGCAAGAAUGUGGGCAACACCAUCCUCUACGAGACCGUGCUCUCCAUCAUGGACAUACGCUCGGAGGGUGGACUGCGCGUCCUGGCCGUCAAUAUACUGGGACGAUUCCUGCUCAACUCGGACAAGAACAUACGGUACGUGGCGCUGAACACGCUGCUGCGAACGGUGCACGCGGACACGUCGGCGGUGCAGCGGCAUCGCACCACCAUUCUGGAGUGCCUCAAGGAUCCGGACGUCUCGAUCCGUCGGCGGGCGAUGGAGCUAUCGUUUGCGCUGAUCAAUGCACAAAACAUACGUACAAUGACCAAGGAGCUGCUGCUCUUCCUCGAGAAGGCGGACGCCGAGUUCAAGGCGCAGUGCAGCUCGGGCAUGAUCCUGGCCGCCGAGCGAUACUCCCCGACCACGCGCUGGCAUCUGGACACGCAGCUGAGCGUGCUGAUUGCCGCGGGGAACUAUGUGCGCGACGACGUCGUCUCCUCCACCAUCCAGCUGGUGUCCAGCAGUCCCGUCCCGGAGCAGACGUACAUCACGAACCGUUUCUGGGAGUCGCUGCAGGUGGCCAAUCAUUGUGAGGACAAGCAGCCGCUGCUGCAGGUUGCCGUCUGGGCCAUAGGCGAGUACGGCGAUCUCUUCAUGUACGGCGCCAACGAGGAUGAGUUUGAACGGCCCACUGAGAGUGAUCUGAUCGCUGUGUAUUAUAAGUUUUUAACCUCUGCUCAAGUCUCGACCACAAGCAAGCAAUAUGCUCUGGUCUCCCUAGCCAAGCUAAGCACGCGUUUGCAACAGUGCGUGGAGGAAAUCCAGGCACUGAUCACGUCCUUUGGCAGCCAUCUGAAUGUGGAUCUGCAGCAGCGAGGCGUGGAGUUCACGCAGCUCUUUGGCCAUUACAAGCAUCUGCGCCCGCCGCUGCUGGAGAAGAUGCCGGCCAUGCAGAUCAGCAGGAUUAGCUCGCAGAACGGCGAGAGCGGCGGUGGCUCCUUCGACGACAACAGUCCCGAUGUCAUCGAAAAUGGCGUGGAGGGAGGCGGCGGUGGCGGACACUCACUUAUCGAAAGCAAUAUGAACACCCUUGGUGACAAUACGAACAUUUUGCUGGAUCUGCUGGGCAGCACGGAUCUCUCGGCGGGAGGCGCUGGUGAUUUGGUGGCAGCCACGGAUCUCUCGAAUGCCGUGCAUAAAAAGAACUCGCGCAAUGCCAACGAUGUGGCGGCGCCCGUUUCCAAUAACCAGGAUCUGUUGGAUCUGCUCGAUCUGGAUCUAUCCGCGCCCUCGUCCACGACGACGGGUGCGCCGGCGGGCGGAGGUGGAGGCGGUGGCAUUGUGGCUCUGGUCGGCGAUAAUAACCAGAGCAGUGCGGCAAACAUGAAUAACAUGCUCGGUGGCCUGGACUUGGGCGGCUUUGGAUCUGGUCUGGACAGCUCUGCCAGCAUACCCACAAACGGCAACGAUUUGGCCAGCAUGCUGGGUGGCCUGGGAGCCCCACCGGCUGCAUCAGCGCCUCUGGCGGCUCCAGCUCCCGUUGGCAACCUCAUCGAUGGCCAUGCCGGCAGUCUGCUGGCCGAUCUGAAUCCCACGGCUGCCUCGAACAAUGUAGUAGUGCCUCCACAGGGUCCCAGGCUGACGGCGCUGGACAAGGAUGGGUUACUCGUGCAACUGGUUUCGGUCAGGGGCAGCGACUGCAUGCGCAUCUAUAUGACGACCACGAAUAACUCAGACAAUACCCUGGAUCAGUACUUGCUGCAGGCGGCUGUGCAAAGGAGUUUCCAGCUGCAGAUGCUGACGCCAUCCGGUUCCGUGCUGCCGCCCGGCGGAGUUAUAACGCAGGAGAUGCGCGUGGUGGCCACGUCGAAUGCGACACUGCGGAUGCGUCUGCGCAUACAGUACGUGCUCGAUGGCCAGCAGCAGGUGGAGCAGACGGAGGUCAGUGGAUUCCCCGAGCAGCAGCCGGCGCCGGCGGCCGCAGAGUAGAACUGCAAUUGUAUUAAAGCGAAACCAGAUUAGCCUAAUAUCGGAAAUAAUUCAACACACGGGAAACUUGCGCAGCAGCAGCAGCAGGAGCAGCAGCAUCAAGAACAGCAGCAACACUAAGGAAACACACACACACACACACUGUGGUUGUCACACAUUUAUUGUAAAAUAAGUUAUCACACACACACGGUGAAACACAGAGACACCCACGCAAUCGCAUCUAGAUCAGAGCAUUUUCCAAAUCGGCGCACAGCGUUGUUCAGACUCAGACUGUUUGUUUGUUUUUUUUUUAGCCGGGUUAGUCUCCAGUUGGAGCUGGAUAGCUGAGAAAAAAAAAUGAGGGCGGUCGGGUGGUUACGACCCGCCCAAAAGCAGUUAACUUAUAUAUUUUCCCUAAUUUAUAUCUAUACAUAUAUAUAUAUAUAAACACACUACUUGUCAAAUCAAUAUUUACGUUCGCCUUGUUUUAUUAUUAAUAACUCUCUUAUUUUAAAUGGUGUGUAAACUCUUGUGUGUAAAAGACAACUUUCAGUUUUAAGUUAAGACAAUAAAAGUCAAACCCACUAUUCCCCAUUAAUUAAAUGGCAACUAACAAUGGCAAAGAAGGAAACGAAAGGAAAGGAAAAGUUAAGAUAUGUAUUAAAACCGAUUGUGAAAUUAUUUAGCAGAAGCAUUUAAAAAGCUUAGCAUUUUAAUGGAAUCGAAAUGGAGAGCGAAUCGAACGAUGUUUGAUGCCAUUUCGAGCAGUUUAUUUGUUAUUUCUAUAUGUAAUGAGUGUUUGUUUGUUUUUUUUGUCCCGUCCUGAGUCUUUUUGAUCGGUUCCCGGCUUCUGUUGGCCAGCCCCUGAUAUUCCUUUUUUACUUACAACGCUAAACACGUUCAUAAUAUAAAUAUAUAUAUAUAAAUACAUAUACAAAGACACCGAAAAACACAAAAACACGACCACCACCACGCGGAUAUAUAUAUAUUAAAUGAUGUAUUGUUAUUUCCUGUGCGCACGUACUUAAAGCGGAAAAUCAGCAGCAACCAGAGAAAGUCUAAGAAAUAAAAAUGAAAUGAAAUCGAUGAAAAAGAAAACACAAAUCAGCUAGCACUGUGGAAAACUAGAUAAUAUCUAUGAUAAAUAUAAUUGUAACUGAGGCGGACGCAGCUUAGAACUAUAUAUUAACUGAUUAGUUGCCGUCGCCGAGAUGAGAUGAGAUGGAAAUGAAGAUGGGGGCAUCGAGAAGCAAAGAAAAUCCAUUAACUAUUAUUAUUAUUACGAUUAUAAAUGAAUUGCGCAGCUGUAUGAGAAGGAAAGAGAGGGAGAGAGAUAAGAAAAUAAUAACAUUAACAUAUUGUACAAUAUA